AUGAAGUUCUCUGCCACUCUGAUUGCUCUCGUCGCUGCCGGUGUUGCCCACGCCCAGCUGCCCAAUGUGCCUGCCUGCUCGGUUUGUGAUACUCCCCCAUUCCCUCGUUAUACGGCAGAUCUCAACUGCUUCGUCACUGCCCUCACCACUGAUGGCUGCAGCAGCUUGACCGACUUUGCCUGCCACUGUUCCAAGCCCCAGCUGGUCUCCACCAUCACCCCUUGUGUCCAGAAGGCUUGCAAGGUCCCCGACCAGAUCUCCGUCUCCAACGCUGUCGUGGCUCAGUGCUCCUCGGCCGGUCACCCCAUUGUCGUUCCUCCCAUUGAGACUGCCUCUUCCGCUGCCUCUUCCGCUGCCUCCACCGCCGCUGCCACCACCUCUGCCGUCGCCCAGGAGACUACCACCUCUGCCGCCGAGCAGACCACCGUCCCCAUGGCUUCCUCCAGCUCCACCAGCUCCGUGGUCAUGACCGCCGUCACCACCACUGGCUGGGCCGUUUCCACCCCCGUCAAGAGCUCCACUGCCAUGGCCUCUUCCUCCCACCCCGCUGGCUCCUCCAAGCCCACUCCCACCAGCAGCGGUGCUGCCGCCGCCACCACCUCCCCUGCCUACAACGCCGCUGGCAGCAUCAAGGGCAACAUGGCCGGUGUCGCCGUCGUUGCCGCCGCCGCUGCCUACAUUCUGUAA